GCGCCAAACUCGAUCGCUGACGGACGUGAAGCCAAGUGUCGGCGGCGGGGACGCUCGGUGGGGGCGGGCGGAGCAGGUGACGGGGGCCCCGGUCCGGCUGGCGGAGCAGCACCAGUCGUGAUUGUGCAGGAUGAUGGCGGUUCCAUUUGUGGAAGAUUGGGAUCUGGUGCAGACUCUGGGUGAAGGAGCAUAUGGCGAGGUGCAAUUGGCAAUUAAUCGGCGAACAGAGGAAGCCGUGGCAGUGAAGAAAGUGGACACCACUCGUGCUCGUGACUGCCCUGAUAAUAUCAAGAAGGAAAUCUGCAUCAAUAAGAUGUUGAACCACGCAAACAUUGUCCGCUUUUAUGGGCAUCGGCGAGAGGCGCAUAUCCAGUACUUGUUUUUGGAGUAUUGCAGUGGAGGAGAGCUCUUUGAUAGGAUAGAACCUGAUGUGGGGAUGCCUGAAGUGGAUGCUCAUAGGUUUUUCCAGCAGCUGAUAGCAGGAGUGGAAUAUCUUCAUAGCAUUGGAAUUACACACAGGGACAUCAAGCCAGAGAACCUGCUACUUGAUGACCGAGACAACCUGAAGCUCUCUGAUUUUGGCUUGGCGACAGUUUAUAGACACAAUGGCCGGGAGAGGUUAUUAAACAAAAUGUGUGGCACUUUACCAUAUGUUGCCCCAGAACUGCUGAAGAGGAAGGAGUUCCAUGCAGAACCCGUGGAUGUCUGGUCCUGUGGAAUUGUUCUUGCUAUGCUGGCUGGAGAGUUACCCUGGGACCAGCCUGCUGAGAGUUGCCAGGAGUACUGUGAUUGGAAUGAAAAGAAACUAUACCUGACACCGUGGAAAAAGAUCGAACCUGUCCCUUUGAGUUUGCUGAACAACAUCCUAAUGGAAGGUCCAAAGCACAGAGCCACUAUUUCAGAUAUUAAGAAGGACAGGUGGUUCAUUAGCCAGUUUAAAAGAGGUGUGAAGAGAACUCGAUUGUCCUCUGGUUGCCCUAAUGAUUCUCAGGGACCUUUCUCUAAACAUAUUCAUUCUAACGUGGACCUGUCCCCCGUUAGUGAUGUGCCCUGGAGGGAGGAUCAAGCUAGAAUCUCGAUCUCCCAGCCCGAGCCUCGGAUCGCCCUGUCGUUAUGGGAUUCCAAUCAUUCCAGUAUUGAUAAUCUAGUACAAGGUAUCAGCUUCUCCCAGCCUACUUGUACAGAUCACAUGCUUGUUGGCAGCCAAUUACAGAGUACUCCUGGAUCAUCACAGAAUCCUUGGCAACGAUUAGUGAAACGAAUGACUCGCUUCUUCACGAAGUUGAAUGCUGAACAAUCUUACCUGAGCCUGAAGGAGGUCUGUGAGAAAUUAGGCUACACCUGGAAGAAAAACUGCAACAACCAGGUGACCAUAUCGACAGUGGACAGACGGAACAACAAGCUGAUAUUCAAAGUGAAUCUGAUUGAGAUGAACGAGAGAAUCCUAGUGGACUUUAGAUUGUCCAAGGGUGAUGGUCUUGAAUUCAAAAGACACUUUGUGACUAUAAAGCACAAGUUAAGUGACAUCAUCUACACUCAGAAGAUCCUGACGCCUGUAACCUGAUUUUAUUUUUUGUGCAUUGUAUCUCUGCUGGAAUGAGGCUGCUAAUAGUAUUCUGUGGCUGGGUUACGUCCUUUGACUCAGCUUGAAGACACUAAGGCUGUGAGAUUGUUCAUGAUUGAGUGUUAAGAGUUAACCCCGACCAUAAUUAAAGGAGAGACUUCAAGUAAUAGGUAAUCAGCUAAAACAGCAAAACUUAAACCUGUGUAAAUUUACCCGGGUCAGUCAAAUCCAGUGCUUCUCUCCAACCCCAUUCUGAGUGGCUGAGUCACUGUUUGAAUCCCUGCCAAGUGGCUUUAUUCAGAUCCUCUUUUUUUAGCAAAGUUGGGAAGCAUUGCUAAAUGUCAUAGUCUCCAGUUAGUGUAAAUACUGAAUGAAGUUUAUCUGGUCACCAGACUCAAGGAAUUUCACAACCAAAAUCAAGCUGGUGGAAAAAUGGGAUUAUCAUUCACCACAGGGUGAGAACAGUGGGCCAUAAAGUAUUUAUUGUGGCAGCUCCUCUAACUCGUGGGUCAGCUUGCUUCUACAAUUUUCUAGAAAUACCAGGAUUUUUACAAGUAGUAAAGAAAAUAAUGCCUGUCCUGUCUGAGGUUUGUCUUGUACAGAAGUGUUAGAGAUAUUGAGCCCAGACCAAGACCUGAAAGUUGAGAGGCUGGGGGCUACAGUUUAAGCACCAGUAUAAUACUUGAAGACAAAUGCUCCAGACACACUUCUGAGCAUUUAUUAGAAAUGCAGAAACCAGUGAAGGUUUUGAGCUGUUGGAAAUUUGAGAAUUACCAGUUAAACAUUCUGGGAGUAAUUCUGCAUUUGGGAUUACAGACUGCUGUAAUUGCUGAUUUCUGUAUUACUAUAACAAUAUUUAAAUAUGACUUUUUUUAAACAGAUUGGCAAUAGUUAUUUCAUGUUUUCUCAAAUUCUGUAGAAGAAUCACUUGUGGACCUCCCACCUCUAUCACUGGAAUGCUUAUCUGUACUAAUCAAUAUAUCUGGUGAUAAAGGUGUAAGAUUUUAUGUACUCCACAGUCCAUGGCCAGUGACCCGAUUUCAUGUCAUAGAUUUACAGAACUUGCUAACUGUAACUGAGAUUUCCCAAUGAAACGUCUUAAUUUUGUUUUUGAGGGGGAAAAAGUCCAGCUUGUGGGGAUGAUUAAUUCAUCCUGUGGACUGUCUGCUGUGAGUGUGCUGUUGUAACGUUCCUGGUGGUAGAUAUUUGUUCAUUAACAAAUUUUGUGCUUUCAGGAAUAAGUCAAACUCAUGGGGACAGAAAGAAUGGACUAGUCAUCAGGAUUAGAUGUUAACACAAGCAGUAUUUUGCCUAAAUUUGAUCUCUCCCUAUCCCAGCUAAAUUUUUAUGACUGAAUUGUGUUCAGCCUUGUAUGAUGAGGGAAGUCUGCAGUAUAUCUCCCCUGGAGCAGCUCAUUACACUUGUGCUCUUUGAACUUGAUUGCCUGCUUAUCACAAGAUUAUCUUAGCUCUGCAUUGAAGAAAGUAGAAUCUACUAGUGGCUAGAAUCAGUUACAGUUAUUGUACCACUGGUAACCACAAAACUAUAGGCACUGCAGCAAGGAGGUUUGAUUGGAGCCAAAUGUCUUGGUAAAGAACCUGAACUAGUUUCAAUUAGUGGAGCUGGUCACUUAAUACCUCACAACCAUAAAAGAUCAAUUAUUUCCUGAAAACAAUAUUAAACAAAACAUUGGUUCCAGUCAGUUGGACUCCAAUUUCAUUUAUGUUGGCUAUUUGGAAAAGGGGUGAAAAUGCAGCUGAGGCUUUUGAGGAUUAAAAUUUUGAUUCUAAGAAACACACUGUUGCAGAGUAACUUUUGAACUUCAUUACUGUGAUUUUUUUUCCCCUAAUACAACGCUGGCUUGAUGACUUUUGACAAAAAGUACUGUGCAAAUAAUUAAGCAAAUAUUUAAAUAAACUGCUGUUUUUUCUGGGGUUUGUUCUGGGUGUGUAAACUUCAAACUUGGUUAGAUUUUGUAAAGUUUGCAAUAGCUUGGUUAUUGAGUCUUAUGAAAGGCAUUUUAUAGAAAAGAUUAAACUUCAAGGUUUAGUGGUGAUUGCUACUUACAACAAUCUGCUGUUCACCAUCUCAACCACUUCACCCCUAUAUCCUCCAGACUGAUAAAUAAAUGUCAAGCACGAGAAAUACUUUAGCCUAUGAACUCAAUUAGAUUGACCCUCCUUUAAUUCAUCUGACCACUUUGUAUUGUAAAUUAGGAUCCCUGUUCCUUUCCUGUAUUGUCCUCUUUUGUUCUCGUUACCCUGACUCUCUCAUUAAAUGACGACGCUUUCCCUUUCCAAUGCUUUUUUAAAAAUUUUAUCCAUGGAAGUUCAGUCUGAAUGCUUUAUUUUGCUGCUGUUUACUGAGGUUGGGUAGUUUCCCAAAAAAAGAGAUUCUGGAAGAGGUUCUAAUAGAGCUUUUUAA